GCACCCGCACUCCAGGAGGCUAUGUCGCCCCCAGCGCCCGGCCUGGGGACCUGCCGUACUUCGUGAACCGCACCAGCAACUUCCUGCCGCGUGUGCACCUCAAGCGCAACUUUGAGCUCUACACAGUGAUGACGGUGGUGAGUGGCGUGGAGGGCGACGUGUUCCAGCUGGCGGCGGAGCUGAAGGCGCACCUCGUGGGCCUCUACGGCCUGAAGGAGACGGUCGUCCUGCAGGUGCUGGAGCCUCACCAGAAGAUCUUCUUCAAGGGCGACUUCGUGAACGAUAUUAAGCAGUUCUUGGAGGAGAGAGGCUUCUAGGGAAACGUUCUCAUCUCAACCAGAGUAACCGCAGCAAAUAUGUUUAUAUCAGACAGUUCCUUGAUGGAAGAGGCUUCUUGAACUGUUUUAUUUUUGUCGGUAUUCUCGUAGAGGGAUUUGUUAUCAUUGAAAACUGAUAAAGACUCAUCUGAAGUCAUAGAUAAUUCUUAUAAAUUGUAUCUGUGAACUAAUUUUGGAAUUUUAGGGAUUGCUUUUCAUAGGCAUUUCAACAAUUCCAAUAAAUUAAUUCGUUAGGACCUGUAAUUCAACGGCGAAGUUUGGCUGCUUGAAAUAUGGGGCAGAAUUUUUUUUUCAGUUAGAAAGCCGUUGUUCCAUCUCUUAGGGACGUUUUUUUCUCUUUACCUAGGAUGAUUUUUAUUGCAUUAGGAAUUAGGCAAGUUGUCGCCCAAGUGAUAAGUUGGUGGGUGAGGCUCUUUAAAGUCAGGAAAGUGAACAGAACAAAUUGCAGCUGAUUUAUAGUGUUAUUUAAAGUUAGCAUAUCAGUGCUAGUCGUUCUCACAGGGUUUCCUUGUAAAUCAGCAGCCCUGGUGGCAUAAACAGUGUCCUUUACGCUUCAAACAUGAAAAUAAAAAAUGCUACAUUCUAA